CCCAUUCCAAAUCUGGAUCCCUCCCCUCCUCCCACCCAAUUAUUGGAGAAGGUAACAUUCUCGAUCUCUCUCUUCGACAAAUAAUUUCGUCACAUUCACUCUAAAUCGCUUGUUGUUUCGAAAAAAAUUUGCUUCUUUUCCGCGAUGAGCUUCGGGAUCAAGGAGAUCUGCCGCAGGGCCGGAACCCACUUGCAAUCCACGGGAGGAGUCCUCUUCUUCCUGGCGCUCCACUUUGGAUUACUGGCCUUUCUUUGGGGCUCUCCUUCCUCGAAAGAUUGGAAGUUGGCGCUUGGCUUUCCUGUUUUCCCCUCUUUUAAUAUCAUUUAUAGACUCUGUGUGUUGCUUUCUCUGCUGUUCUUGGGAUUUAGCGUGUGGCGCCUUGGCCGAGGGUUUGAGGAGCUUGAGGCGGUUCUUGGGCAAUCCCGGAGGGUGACGGCCGAUCGGCGAAGCGGGUUCGGCUUCGGUGGCGUUGUUUGUGCCUCCUGUGGCCCCAAGAUUCAAUCUUGGAAGGGUUAUCGGGGUGGAAGUUUCAAGGGGGGCAAGGAUCCCGUCGUGGAGAGAACUUGUUCGCUGAAAUGUGAAGGUAGCAAUUGCACUGGCUGGAACGGGAUGAAAGAUUUAUCAGAUGAGCGGGAAGCAGAGGAAGGGGCGGAAGAUGGUGAGGAGGAAGAAGAGUUUGAUGGAGAUGAGCAAAUGAAGUUAAGAAAGGAGAUUGAGAAGGAGAGAAGGCUUCGGGCCGAGGCGGUCAGGCAGCUGGAGGAGGAAAGGAGGGCUGCUGAUGAGGCAAUGGCCAAGAUUCUGUCCCUUCAAAAUGAGAAAGCUUCUGUUGAGAGAGAGGCGAGGCGAUACUGCGAAAUAGCUGAACAGAGGAAGGUGUAUGAUCAGCAAUGUAUCGAGCAACUGCAGUGGCUUAUAGAGAAACUUAUAUCAGAGAAGGGAGAGAUGGAGGGGAAAUUCGGGUCAGGUGGGCAAAAGAUCAUGGCUACAGAGAGUGAGGCCAUGUUUGGAAAAUCCACUGUAAGUUUGUGAGUCCAUUGGUUUUUGCUUCGAUAGAAACUUACACAUGCACUGCCUUAUUUGAAUAAUCAUAGCUGGUGCCAGUACUUGUUUUUAUGUGAGCUAGAGAGACACUUCUUGUUCUUGAAAGAGUUGUGAAACUUUGACUUGCAAAUUGAUUCCCAAAUUUGGGGAGUGUACUUUUGUGGGAUUUAUUUAUCUAUAUGGCAUGGUUUGAGUGCAA